AUGGCGAAGCUCUGUGCUGUUGGGUUGUGCGUUACUUUGGUAUCCAUUGGGCUGACGUUGGGCAUCGAGCUCCGUGAGCCUUCGACACGGAUCAGCAAUGGCCAGGUGGCAGGACCUUCACAGUUUCCAUUCGUUGCGGGAAUUCUCAUCUCCGGCACCUCCGAACGAUCGUUCUGUGCUGGAGCAUUGAUUUCACGCCGCUUCGUACUCACGGCAGCGGCCUGUGUAGUUGGCUCCAACACGUUCACGGUACUGCUAGGAGCAACCGAUAUGUCACGGAUUGAGCAGAUCAUCCCGGUGCUGAACAUUCCGUCGCACAUUAUCGUCCAUCCGGGGUAUAGUUCGCUGCUGAACAGGGAUGACAUUGCGCUGCUUCAGCUGUCCCGUGAUGCAGACCUAACACCGAACGUUCAGGUGGCCAACUUGCCGCGCCGUUACCAUACGGCGUUCACGUUUAACGAUUGGGCCGCCACAGUAGCCGGUUGGGGCAACACCGGCAAUCGGGACAAUGAACCUAUUCCACUGCAGCAGCUACUGUUCGCUUCGGGGUCGGUUGUGUCCAACUUUGUUUGUGGAAUUUCGCACAGCUUUAUCCGUGAUGGUAAUAUCUGUAGCUCUACCGACGCGGGAGGACCAUGCAAUGGUGACGAAGGUGGUCCAGUCUGGGUAACAGAGGGAGGCGAAACGUUUAUCAUUGGUGUCCAUUCCUUCCACUACGAUGGUCUGUUUGGAUGCGAUCGUGGCCGAUCGUCGGUACAUACGCGCGUGACGGAAUAUUUGGACUGGAUACAGGCCAACAGUGAUGUCGUGAUUCGACCAUAA